CGGCCGUGGGAUGCUCGCGCUGUACCGAGAGCAGAACGGAGCGUGCAGGGAUCGCGCACGCGUGUGCCCCGGACUCUUCCGAACCCAGUGAGCCUGCCUGCCCUUCCCAGUACCAUCCUCGCCAUGGCUCCGGGAGAGAAGAUCAAAGCCAAGAUCAAGAAGAACCUGCCGGUGAGGGGGCCUCAGGCACCUACCAUCAAGGAACUCAUGCGCUGGUACUGCCUCAACACCAACACCCACGGCUGCCGUCGCAUUGUGGUGUCGCGCGGCCGGCUCCGGCGCCUGCUCUGGAUCCUGUUCACGCUCACCGCCGUGGCCCUCAUCUUCUGGCAGUGUGCCCUCCUCGUCCUCUCCUUCUACACUGUGUCCGUGUCCAUCAAAAUCCACUUCCAGAAGCUGGACUUCCCCGCCAUCACCAUCUGCAACAUCAACCCUUACAAGUACAGUGCCGUGAGGCCGCUUCUAGCCGACUUGGAACAGGAGACCAGAGCGGCCCUGAAGACCCUGUACGGCUUCUCAGAGAUCGAGUCUCGGUCACGCCGAGAGGCCGAGCCCUGGAGUCGGGCAUGGGAGGGCACCCAGCCCAGAUUCCUCAACCUGAUCCCACUGCUGGUCUUCAAGGAGGGCGAGACCAGCAGGGCCACCGACUUCCUCAGCGGGCGGAAGCGGAAAGUCAGUGGGAGCAUCAUCCACAAGGCAUCGGACGUCGUGCACAAAUCCAAGGAGGUGGUGGGCUUCCAGCUGUGUUCGAACGACACGUCGCAUUGCGCUGUGUACACCUUCAGCUCCGGGGUGAACGCCAUCCAGGAGUGGUACAAGCUGCACUAUAUGAACAUCAUGGCCCAGGUGCCCCUGGAAAAGAGAAUCGACAUGAGCUACUCAGCCCAGGAGCUGCUGGUCACCUGCUUCUUUGACGGCAUGUCCUGCGAUGCCAGCAACUUCACGCUUUUCCACCACCCAAUGUAUGGGAAUUGCUACAUGUUCAACAAUAAACAAAAUGAGACUAUCCACAGCACCUCCAUGGGGGGCAGCGAAUAUGGGCUACAGGUCAUCUUGUACAUAAACGAGGAGGAGUACAACCCCUUCCUGGUGUCUUCCACGGGGGCGAAGGUGAUCGUCCACCGGCAGGACGAGUACCCUUUCAUCGAGGACGUGGGGACAGAGAUCGAGACCGGAACAGCCACCUCCAUAGGGAUGCACCUGACGGAGUCCUUCAAGCUGAGUGAACCCUACAGCCAGUGCACAGAGGACGGAAGUGACGUGCCCAUCAAGAAUAUCUAUAACGCUGUGUACUCCCUCCAGAUCUGCCUGCACUCGUGCUUCCAGACCAAGAUGGUGGAGAAAUGUGGGUGUGCCCAGUACAGCCAGCCUCUGCCUCCAGGAGCCAGCUACUGCAACUACCAGCAGCACCCUAACUGGAUGUACUGCUAUUACGAGCUACAGCAGGCCUUUGUCCAGGAACAGCUUGGCUGCCAGUCGGUGUGCCGGGAAGCCUGCAGCUUUAAGGAGUGGACACUGACCACCAGCCUGGCACAGUGGCCAUCUUUGGUUUCCGAGAAGUGGCUGCUGCGCGUUCUCACGUGGGACCAAGGCCAGCAAAUAAAGAAAAAGCUGAACAAGACAGACUUGGCCAAGCUCUUGAUAUUCUAUAAAGACCUGAACCAGAGAUCCAUCGUGGAAAGCCCUGCCAACACCGUUGAGGUACUCCUGUCCAACUUCGGCGGCCAGCUGGGCCUGUGGAUGAGCUGCUCCAUCGUGUGUGUCAUCGAGAUCAUCGAGGUCUUCUUCAUUGACUCCCUCUUUAUCAUCGCCCGCCGCCAGUGGCAGAAAACCAAGACGUGGUGGUCCCGGAGGCAGGCGCCCCCCUGCCCGGAGGCGCCCCCCAGCCCUCGGGGCCAGGACAACCCAGUCCUGGAGAUAGACGACGACCUGCCCACUUUCACCUCCGCUUUGCGCUUGCCGCCAGCCCCGGGGGCCCAGGUGCCCGGCACUCCGCCGCCCACGUACAACACCUUGCGUUUGGAAAGGGCCUUCUCCAACCAGCUCACAGACACGCAGGUGCCGGCUGAGUCCUGAGGCUGGCCGGGAGGAAAGCUGUAGCCAGGACCACCAGCCAUGGUCUGAGAACGAGGACCCUGUCUCCUGCACACGAGGGGACCUUGUGCACCCCCACCCGCGCUUUCCAGAGACAUCAACUAAAAGUCUGUUUUGAACAACAAGAUGGGGCCUGGGCGUGUGCAGGGGACCUGCUGGCCCCUGCCCGGCCACACUCACAGCCAGCUGGGGUGACGUAGGUCCUGCAGCCCCAACCCUUAGCACUUCAGCUACGGAGAGAGAUGGGGGCCGAGGAAACGGCGGUGAGCUGGACAAAGGCCGCGAGUGAAGCCUGACAAGGGUUCUUCGCCAGAACCCGAGAAACAAAGACUCCAAAGCCUCCAGCCGGGCGGGGGCCCAAGGAUGUGCCCUGAGGCAUCGAGAUGGCUGGCCGGCUGGUGCCAGAGUCAGGAGGAUGCCCCCCAGGCCUGGAGAUGUUUGUGAACGAACUUCUUGUCAUGGACAUUGGGGCAAGGUCUCCUCAGGCAGGAGCUGGCCCCAGAUCCUGGGAGUGGGGGCGGGGAGGCCUGGGGUGUGACAGGAGGCUCCCACUCUGGGGGUGGGGAUGGGGCAGCUAAGCCCGUGCCCUGGGCCCCCUUCCCCAAGCACAGAGGAACCAGUUAAAGGGCACCACUGCUGGGCACGGCUGUGCAGGGGUAGCCUCAGGCAUAAAGCCUUUCUGAUAGGCCGGUCCUCCUCCAGGGCAGACCCCUCUGCCAACGGCCUGCCCCUCACUGACCAGCCAGCUACUGCAGACAACCCGCUUCCUCCCGUCUUCACACCUGCCAGCAGGACGCCUGCCAGCAGGACACUCGCUAAGCAUAGAGUAGGUGUUCAGGGUCAGCCGGAAACAGUGCUGGGGGUCCGAGGUAAUUACAGAGACUAGUGUGGGGAGUGCAAACUAGGACCCUCAGGCCAAAUCCUGUUUCCGCCUGUGACCUAAGAAUGGGGUCCCCUCCCACGCACACACUUUUCAAUGGUUAAAAAUGUCAAAAGAAGAAUAUUUGAUGACUCAUGAAAAUUCGAGGAGAUUCAAAUGUCAGCAUCCAUGAAUAAAGUUUU